UUUUUGUUGUUUUUUAAUUUGGGCCGCGGGGAGGGGGAGGAGGGGCAGGUGCUGCAGGCUCCCCCCCCUCCCCGCCUCGGGCCAGCCUAGGCGGCGUGACUCCGGCUCCGGACCCGGGCACGGCGGACGACGGGGCUGGAGAGGAGCGCACCGCGGCGGCGGUGCCCAGAGCGGAGCGCUGCUCCCCGCCCCGCCCCUCCCCCUCGUCCUCGCGGCGGCAGCGGCGGUGGCGGCUUGGACGACUCUGAGAGCCGGCGACUGGUCCCUUCUUGCAAGAAGGCCCUUCAUUCCGCGCCCCACUCGGCUCCCCUUCUUGCUCUCGUUUCACACUGGGUGGCCCAGCUCCUGCGCACUUUUCCAAGAGGCCUGUGUCCUUCGUGUCUCUCGGCGGCACAGGGCACGGGGCUGCCGUUGGAGUGAAGACACUUCCAUGUGAAUAGCUGACCAUGUGCCUGCCCUGAGCGUCGAGGCCCGCCAGGCAUCGCUGUUGUGGGCAGCAGGGCCCAGCACUUGUCUGAGGACUCCCAUAGUUGGCAGGCUCCCCCAGCACCCGGGUCUGGGCCUCGGCCCCACCAUGUCGAGCCUCAGCAGUGGCUCCCAGGACACCAGUGGCAGUAGCAACACCACCAAUGGCAGCAGUGGCAGCGGCCCAAAGGCAGGCGUGGCCAACAAGAGUGCAGCGGUGGCUACUGCUGCACCAGCCUCCGUGGCCGAUGACGCACCACCCCCCGAACGUCGGAACAAAAGCGGCAUCAUCAGCGAACCCCUCAACAAGAGCCUGCGCCGCUCCCGCCCUCUCUCCCACUACUCUUCCUUCGGGGGCAGUGGGGGCAGUGGCGGUGGCAGCAUGAUGGGUGGGGAGUCUGCCGAAAAGGCCGCCGCGGCCGCAGCUGCUGCCUCCCUGUUGGCCAAUGGGCACGACCUGGCCGCAGCCAUGGCUGUGGACAAAAGCAACCCUACCUCAAAGCACAAAAGUGGUGCUGUGGCCAGCCUGCUGAGCAAGGCCGAGCGGGCCACGGAGCUAGCAGCUGAAGGACAGCUGACGCUGCAGCAGUUCGCGCAGUCGACGGAGAUGCUGAAGCGCGUGGUGCAGGAGCACCUACCGCUGAUGAGCGAGGCGGGGGCGGGCCUGCCCGACAUGGAGGCCGUGGCGGGCGCAGAAGCCCUCAACGGCCAGUCCGACUUCCCCUACCUGGGCACCUUCCCCAUCAACCCAGGCCUCUUCAUCAUGACCCCGGCGGGCGUGUUCCUGGCAGAGAGUGCGCUGCACAUGGCGGGCCUGGCCGAGUACCCCAUGCAGGGGGAGCUGGCCUCCGCCAUCAGCUCCGGCAAGAAGAAGCGGAAACGCUGCGGCAUGUGCCCGCCCUGCCGGCGGCGCAUCAACUGCGAGCAGUGCAGCAGUUGUAGGAACCGAAAGACUGGCCAUCAGAUUUGCAAAUUCAGAAAAUGUGAGGAACUCAAAAAGAAGCCUUCCGCUGCUCUGGAGAAGGUGAUGCUUCCGACGGGAGCCGCCUUCCGGUGGUUUCAGUGACGGCGGCGGGAACCCAAAGCUGCCCUCUCCGUGCAAUGUCACUGCUCGUGUGGUCUCCGGCAAGGGAUUCGGGCGAAGACAAACGGAUGCACCCAUCUUUAGAACCAAAAAUAUUCUCUCACAGAUUUCAUUCCUGUUUUUAUAUAUAUAUAUUUUUUGUUGUCGUUUUAACAUCUCCACGUCCCUAGUAUAAAAAGAAAAAGAAAAACAUUUAACUGCUUUUUCGGAAGAACAACAACAACAACAACAACAACAAAAAAAAAGAGGUAAAGACGAAUCUAUAAAGUACCGAGACUUCCUGGGCAAAGAAUGGACAAUCAGUUUCCUUCCUGUGUCGAUGUCGAUGUUGUCUGUGCAGGAGAUGCAGUUUUGUGUAGAGAAUGUAAAUUUCUGUAACCUUUUGAAAUCUAGUUACUAAUAAGCACUACUGUAAUUUAGCACAGUUUAACUCCACCCUCAUUUAAACUUCCUUUGAUUCUUUCUGACCAUGAAAUAGUGCAUAGUUUGCCUGGAGAACCCACUCACGUUUAUAAAGAGAAUGUUGAUGGCGCCAUGUUGAAGCCCCUCUGUUAUCCAUCCACGUGGGCAGAGCUGCCUUGAGCUCACAGAGGGGGAGGGAGAAGACUCCCCAACCCCCAGGCCCAGGCCAGGCGUGCUACACCCACAGUCCCCACAAUAGGAUCCCCCACCCCCAACAAUGAUUUUGCAAAAAUGAAAAGUUCUGUUUGUUUAUUCAUUGAGAUCUGGGAGCCCAUGUCUCGAUAGUUCUGAUCGUGAUCAUGGCUGCUUCCCUUAGAGAAAAUAAGUCCUUUUUCCCCAGCCUGGCUGAUGGCGACAGAAGAAAAGGGCUUCUCUGCGUGGUCCCCUGCCAGUGGGGGUGGGUGCCCAGGGGGGUCCCCUUCGGCCUGGGCCCUCUUGCCCGUGGCCAGCUUCCUGCUGAUGAACAUGCUGUUUGUAUUGUUUUAGGAAACCAGGCUGUUUUGUGAAUAAAACGAAUGCAUGUUUGUGUCAUGAA